AUGGCAAAGGGAAAAUCUCGUGAAGAAGACCUGGAAAGAAAAAGGGUGGCGCGGCGGGAAAGAUAUAAAAAAUUAAAAGCCAACCCAGAGAGAUAUUCUAUUGAACAGCAAAAAAAGAGAGAAGCCUAUUUAAAACGAAAAAUUCAAAAUAAAGUAAAGAGCAUAAAAGAUAUGUCCCCACGGGAACAAAAAGUCCAAAGGAGGCGAUGGAAAGAAAGUUCUAAACGAUACUUAGAAAAAAAAAUCAAGGAGCGACAAAUAAAUGAAAUUAAUAUUGACGAUUCUCCAGCCGCCGAAAAUAGUAAAGGAACGGUUGAUUCUUUGAGUGAUCCUCUUAAGGAAUGUACAAUAAAAACAGAUAAUAAAAAGGGAACCCAGUAUUAUAAAAACAAGAUUAAAUUAUUAAAGCUUAAACAUUUAAAAGAAAAAAAAGAAUUGUCAUUUUUAAUCAAAAAAUAUAAAAAUAGGUGUGGAAUUUUAAAUAGAGUAAAUAAAAUACUGAGCCAGAAACUAAAAAAUAAAAAAGAUAAUAUUAACGAUGAUAAUCAUCUUGAACUCCCCGCUCCAUCACCCCAUUCUGAUUGUGAUAAAGAAGCUGUACAGGCUAAAACGAAAAAUAUAAUUAAAACAAAAGAGAAAAAUAAUUUAGACCUUCGUAAAAAGUGUUUAAAUGACAGGUUUCUGAAAGAAAUAAAUAAAAGCGGGGGUGAUAUUCAAAAAUUAGUUAAAGAAUAUUAUGAAGAUGAUAUCAAUAGUCGUAUUGGCGCAGGAAAGAAACAAUGUGUGAAAAAGUAUGGAAUUCAGAAACAGAAACGGUAUAUGUUGGACUCGAUUAAAAAUCUGCACAAAAAGUUUCUCGAAGAAAAUCCUCUAAUAAAAAUCAGUUACGUAACUUUCUCAAGACUUCGACCAUUUUGGGUAUAUCUGCCUAGAGAUGAUAGAGACACGUGUGCUUGCACUACUCAUACUAACAUAGACCUAAUUAUUCAUGCUUUAAGGAAAAAUAAAAUUAUUGAUCUAAGAAAUUAUCAAGAAAUGCUAGGAGUCCUGUGCUGCACCAAAUUUUCUGCUAAGUGUGUUGCUCGCGAAUGUGAUGUCUGCAAAAAUGAAUCGAUAGCUUACAAAGAAUUUGAUAACCAGGAAGAAAUAGAAUAUUAUGAAUGGGUCCGAGAUAAAAAGAAAGUCGGGGCCAAAGAUAUCAACGUUGUCAAGAAAGUUUCUCAAAAAAUAAAUCCUAGAAAUCUUAUACAAAAAUUAGAAUCAUCAUUGCCGAAGUUUUUUGUUCAUACAGGGAAUAUACUCAAUCAAUACCAAGCUAUAACAAUGAUAAAACAGUCUCUGAGCCCUAAUGAAACUUUACUACAUAUGGACUUCUCCGAAAAUUAUUGUUAUAAAUUCGCUAAAGAAAUACAAAGCUUACACUUCGGAGGCAGCCGAGGACAAGUUUCUCUUCAUACGGUAGUGGCCUACCUUAAGGAAGGAAGAGACAAUGCUCACUAUUCUUUCUGUACCGUAAGCGAGUGUACGCGACAUGAUGCACCAGCAGUAUGGGCCCACUUAGAGAAUGCUUUAAAAUUUGUAUUUGAAAAGUGUUCAUCCGUUACCACCGUUCAUAUUCUCACAGACAGUCCAACCAGUCAGUACAGGAAUAAACAAAUAUUUUACAUUAUUACUCAACUUCAUAAUACUUUUCCAUCUCUUAAAUGUGUAACAUGGAAUUUUCAAGAAAGCGGCCACGGAAAAGGAGCACCUGAUGGCAUUGGUGCGGUAGUAAAAAGGUCGGCAGAUUAUCAGGUAAAAUGUGGAAAUGACGUUGGUGACUUUACAAAGUUUCUUGCCGUCGUAAAAGAAAACGUUAAAAACGUUGAAAUAAGAGUAGUCAACGAAGCUGACAUUAUAGAAAAAGAAAUUAUGUUGCCUAAGGAUAUUUCGCCAUUUAAAGGAACCAUGUCGGUACAUCAGGUACUCUGGAAUAUUCAUUCUGACUUCCUUGAAUUCAGAAAAUUAAGCUGCUUUUUGUGUAUUGAAGAAAUCUGCCACCAUGACAAUAAACAUAUGCAAUUGCAUAAGAUUUAUAAGAGUGCAAUCGCAUCAUCUGUCGAAAAUGUAAAAAUUGUUCCAGCCAGCAAGCAAAUUCAUGUUUUAGAGGACAUAACCCUGCAAUUCAACGAGUCUCCUAAGCCAUCUACAUCUGGGCUACGCCAAAUUCGUAAAAACCAAAACGUUGUUACACUUGCAAAAUACAAAUGCUCGUAUUCAUCACACAAACAUCUGCCCCCACCGGAAUUCGAAACCGGGACCUGUCGAGUCGGCCACACCAUGAAACCAGGCGUACAAACCUAUUGGUCGAGUGAUCACGGAGGUCGUCAUAACAUAAAAAAGUCUAUAUUUGAAUAUGAAAGUCAUGAGAAUACUCAGGAAUUUCGUAAAUUCUCCGCACCAAAAUCUGGGGCCGUGAACAUCACAAAAAAUUGCCAUAUCAACCCAGCCGCUCUGAAGAAUGCACGAAGUACCAACAAACGAUAA